GUGUGGCCAGCGCGGUGACGUCACGGGGGGCGUGGCCACGCAGAGUGGGCGUGGCCGGAGCCGCGACCGGAGCCGCAGAAACUUCCCCAAAAAAAAAACCCCCCGAAAAUCCCCCCGAAAAUCGCCCCGAAUAUCGCGGCCCUGUCGCGACAUGGUGUCGCUGCUGUGCUGCGGGCCCAAGAUGGCGGCGUGCGGGCUCGUGCUGAGCGCGUGGGGGGUCGUGAUGCUGGUGCUGCUGGGCAUUUUUUUCAACGUGCACUCGGCCGUGCUGAUCGAGGACGUUCCCUUCAGCCACGAGGAUUUCACUGACGGCCCCGAGCGCAUUUACUCUCUGUACGAGGGCGUCAGCUACAAUUGCUUCAUCGCCGCCGGGCUCUACGCGCUGCUGGGCGGCUUCUCCCUGUGCCAGAGCCGCCUGCACAAGCGCAAGGAGUACAUGGUGCGCUGAGACCCCAAAUCCCCUUUUUUCACCCCAAAAAAAUCCCCGUUUUCGUCCCAAAAA